UAUAAGGGCAUUCUUCUUGUUGGGAUUUACCAGUAAUUAGAAAAAUGCCGAAGACAUUGGUUCAACUUCUCCUUAUUGUCGCCGGCUUUGCACCAGGAUUCGCCUACGACAAGUACUCCACCCACAUACAAAAUGGAAUCCCGAACAACUUGACCGUUAACACGAGUCCCUUCAUCAAAAUCAAGGAAAGCUACUAUUUGUUUGGACAGGAGAAGGUCAAUUGGUAUGUCGCCUACGAGAGCUGCCGCAGAUAUGGAUCUGAACUGGUGACCUUCGAAACACCCGAAGAGUUUGACGCCAUUGCCGCGUUCUUGAAAGCCCGGGGAGAUCGCUCCGAGCACUGGACUUCCGGCAAUGACUUGGGCCAAACCGGCACCCACAAUUGGUUCUCCAAUGCCCAACUCGUGACCAUCAAGCGUUGGGCGCCCAACCAACCAGACAACUCUGGGGGCAAGGAGCAUUGCAUUCACUUGGGCUACAUCUACGGACACUCAACGGAGAUACAACUGAAUGAUCGACCCUGCAACAAUCAUCCGAAUAGCUUGUUUAAGUACAUUUGUGAGGCUCCAAAGCCGGAGACCGUAUCUAUUGUUGUGUGGAAGUAGAAUGUACGUAUAGUUGCAAAGAUAUCACUAAAUGUUCCUCU